CUCGGGCCAAGAGGAAUACGACUGUAUUCAGUGGUAGCUUAGCAACCUUAGAAAAUGGACAGUUUGAACCAGCUAGUUGGCUAACAACUGAUGAAGUCGUGUUUGUUAUCUUUGGUAGUAUAUUAAUGCGUUAGCUUUCUAUUUUUUAAUUAAGGAUAUUUUUUAUAUAUUUAACCCGUUUUGUGGGCACGUGAACGUUUUCAACGAGAAAUGUAGCCAUUUGUGCUAACCUUGUUUCUGUUAUGUAGCUCUGCCGAGCUAGAACAAGUAGUUAACGGGCGCAUUGUUUCAUAUUUUAAAUAGAUUUUUUUCAUUAAAUACCCUUUACAUUUUGUCUGUUAGUCUCUGAAACGCCAUGCACAUAAAUUCCUACAUGUAUUUAAUGCUGUAAUGCAUGGUACAGCCUCCAAUAGAGCAGAUUGGAGCAGCAGAAUGAGUUUUUAUUUCAGUUUAGCUGCAGUACUUUGCUCAAGAAUUUUGCUGCAACGCAUUUUCCCGUGUUAACUGUUACAUUUCACUGCACCUGAGCAUCAAGUGUACAGAUCUGACACCCCAGAACAAGAGCAAGAUGCCUCCAGCUGCAGACUGGACCUUCCUGAUGAGGGUUGACCCUGACAAUUUGGGAGAUGAUGAGGAGAAGAUCUGCGAUAUGCUUUUGAAGAUUUACCCAAAAGACCUGAAGGAGAGCGAGUUGAAGAAAGUAGCACAGCUGUUCAGAAUCUCACAGACCUUACUGAAGCUGAAGUUGGAGGAAGCGACCUGCGCCUACGAAAUUGUGGAAAAGGCCGGCGCUGAGCAAGCUAGGAUGGAAUCACAACUGAAAGAGGAGAUAGCUGAUCUGAAAACGGACCUGGAGAUUGCGCAGCGCUCUGCAGGGGGGAGAGACACACGCUUCCUCCGGGAUGAAAUCCGCCAGAUGGAGAGUCAGUUGGAACAGAAGGAUAAGGAGUUGGUCCAGCUGGAGAAGGACAUGAAUAAAGAGAGGAAAAGCAACGAGGAGCUGUCACGGCGAGUGGAGGAGGCUGAAGAUGAGAACAGAAGGAUGAAAAGAGAGAACGAGCAGCUCCAGCAGGAUGUCGAGUUCUACAGGAAGGAGCUGGAGCAGAAGGACUCGCACCAGAGCCGAGACGAGAGGACUGAGGCUCAGAAGAAACUCAACAAAGCCAACCAGCAGGCCGACCAGUACUGGGAGAACUGGCAGCGCUCUGAGGACGAGAACUCUCAGCUGAAGAGCGAGCUGGAGAACCUGCAGAAGAACCUGGAGGAGUCUGUGAGAGAGAUGGAGAAGAUGACAGACGAGUACAACAAGAUGAAAGUGGCGGUGCAGCAGACGGACAGAUUCAUGGACCAGCUGAGGAGAGAGAGAGACCAGGCCAUGCUGCAGGUGAGAGAGCUGACGCAGCAGAUUCAGGCUCGGGCCGAGGAGGACGAUCCAGUGAUGGCUGCAGUCAAUGCUAAAGUGGAAGAGUGGAGGAGUGUGUUAUCAGGGAAAGAUGCUGAAAUCCUGGAGUACCAGCAGAUGAUUCGGGACCUGAGAGAGAAGCUACGUGCGGCUCAGAUGGAUUCAGACAAAAGCAACAUCAUUGCGUUGCAGCAGGCGGUGCAAGAGAGAGACCAGCAGAUCAAGCUGCUGUCUGAGCGAGUGGAGCAGUACACAGGCGAAAUGGAAAAGAAUGCCUCGCUCAUUGAGGAGCUCAAGAAACCACUUAAAGAUAAAGGUCCGGGCUCUAGCACACAGCAGAGGAAACUGGACGAGCUGAUUGGAAAGCUGCAGGCUGCAGAGCGGAGGGCAGAGCAGGCCGAACGCUCCGCCCAUCUCGCUGAAUCCGACGCCCACCACAAAGACCAGGAGCUGAGCGAAACCCUGAGCCGCAUUCGGCUUUACGAGUCUGGCACUGAUGGGCUGGUAGCUGCCGUAGCCGAGAUCAAAGAAAGCAAAAACCAGGUCAGAAUCCGUGAUCGAGAAAUAGAAGCCAUGACCAGGGAAAUAAACCAACUGGAGAUGAAGAUCAACGACCUUCUGGACGAGAACGAGGAGCUAAGAGGGCGCCUGGGUUUAAAUCAGAAAGAAGAAGUGGAUUUGACCGAGUUCAGGAGAUCAAAGGUGUUAAAACAAAGGCAGUACAGAGCGGAGAACCAGGUUCUGCUAAAGGAGAUUGAACGUCUCGAGGAGGAAAGGCUGGAGCUCAAGCAGCGUAUCCGUGCCCUGGUGAAGGACAAAGGUGUCACAGUGAUCAGUAGUUCACUUCUUGAUGAUGAAACUGUAGAGGAACCCAGCAGGUCCAACAGGGAGAGAUCGACCCUCAGACCAGCUGAUGAGGAUGAAGUCAAAAGAAAGAAUGACUUCCUGCAGAAGGAGCUGAUGAGCAGAGAGAAAGAGCUGGAGCUGAAGAGAAUAGAAUCCUUGCAGUUUAAAGCCAAACAGAACGAGAUGCUGAAGGAGAACAAGCAGCUGGAGCAGGGCAUGAAGGAGAUUUUGCAGGCCAUCCAGGAGGCGCAGAGCAAAGCUCCCACUCAGACGGCCAUCAGCAUCCCCAGCCUGGAGAGACUCGUCAGCGCCCUGGAGAUGAAGCACUCAGAGGGGAAGGUUGAUGUAAUUGCACAUCUGAGAGCACAGCUGGAUCAGCUGACGGGCAGGAACGAGGAACUGAGGCAGGAGAUGAAGGCAGCUCGAGAAGAGGCAGCCAACACACGGACUCAGCUAAUGAAGGCUAAUGAAAAGGUCGCACGUUUAGUGAGUGAGGUUGAGGCUGUGAGGCAAUCGGCAGGCAUGGCUGUAGCUCCUAAACCUCUUCUUCUGCCUGAAGAAAUGACACCAUCCAGCGCACAAGUCAUCAGUUCUCUCAAUGAGUACAUGAUCCAGCUGUUACAGGAGUUAAGGAAUAAAGAAGAUUCGAGCAAGCAGCACGGUCUGGCUUUGGAUGAGUACAAAAGGAAAUUCGCCGUAAUGCGACAUCAACAAGGACUGCUGUACAGAGAGUACCAAAGUGAGAAGGAGGCCUGGAAAAAGGAGAAAGACUGUUUUACGGAGUUGAAAUCCAAAAUGGAAGAGCAGAAGGAGCUGGAUGCGGUGAAGAUCCAAGAAUAUAAUUUCUGGCUGGAGACUCUGCAGCAGGAUCCGGCUGAGAUUAGGAGGCAGGUGGCCGAGGCGGCCCGUAAAAUGACUUUACUGCGAGUGAACGAGAGGUCUCUGACCCGCCGCUACACCACCUUGUUGGAGCAGGAGCACCACCUGAGGAAGGAGAACAACAAGCUGAAGGAUGACUCAGUGCAAAUGGAAGCUGCUGUUACAGAGCGAAUCGGCUACCUCCAGAGGUUCAAGGAGAUGGCUGCGUUCAAAAUGGCGGCACUCCAGAAAGUGCUGGAAGACAGCGUCCCAUCUUCGGAGCUGGAAAGAGCGAACAAGCAGUACAACGACCUCACGAUGAAAUACAGAGAUCUGCUCCAGAAAGACAACCACCUCAUUCAGAGAACCACCACGCUGGAACAUUUGGAGGGUGAGAACGUUUCCCUCCGUGAGCACAUCAGCGGCAUCAACAAGGAGCUCGAGAUCACGAAGGAGAAGUUGCACACACUAGAGCAGGCCUGGGAACACCUCAACACCGCUGGAGGAGAGAAUGGUUUGGAUAAAGCUGCAAAGGCUCUGGCAAACAGCGAGAUCGUGUCCGUGUCCAAGCGCAUCACCACCCUGGAGAUGAAGGAGCUGAAUGAGAGGCAGCGAGCCGAGCACGCUCAGAAGAUGUACGAGCACAUGAGGAGCUCUCUCAAACAGGUGGAGGAGCGGAACUUUGAGCUGGAGGUCAAGUUUGCCGAGAUGGCGAAGCAGAACCUGGAGGCACAGCGGAUUGAGCGUGAGCUACGAGACGAGCUGGCCGAUAGCGUCAGUAAAGAAGUCAGUGACUCUGACCGGCUCCGCAUCUCUGAGCUGGAGAAAAGCGAAGCCCAGCUCAGGAUAGAGGUGUCUAAGUUGCGGGAGGUUUCAGACAUAGCAAAAAUGCAGGUAUUUGCUCUGGAAGCCAGGCAGCAGUCCCGGGAAAAGGAGGUGGAGUGUCUCAGGAGGCAGGUGCUUGACUAUCAGGCUCAGAGUGACGAGAAGGCCCUUAUCGCCAAGCUCCAUCAGCACAUCGUGGCACUGCAGCUGAGCGAGACGGCAGCCAUCAGCAGGCUUGAGGCCUACACCACCCGCCUUCAGCACCUGGAGGCUCAGAGGCUGCGGGCGGAGCAGCAGUUGGACGCUCAGCAGCAGGCGCUGUGGCAGGCGAGGCAGGAGGGGCGUCAACGUGCUAGACACCUCCGCCAGGCCUUGCAUGCCCUGCGCAGACGGUUCUCCGGAGCACUGCCCCUUGGCCAGCAGGAGAAGUUCUCCAGCACCAUGCUGCAGCUGCAGGAGGACCGAGCAAGGGCGCGGGAGGAGGCACGCCGGGCGCAGGAGGAGCGCAGCACGGCUGAGGGGAAAGCGCAGGAGCUGGAGCUCCGACUGAAGGGUCUUGAAGAGCUCACAGCCACACUGAAGGACGUUAAAGGAGCUCAGAAGGUGAGCGAGUGGCAUAAGAAGCUGGAGGAGGCUCGUCUGCAGGAGCUGAGGAAGAACAGAGAGCUGGUGGCGCAGCGGGAGGAGAUCAGGUAUCUGAAGAACAUGGUGGCCGAGCAGGAGCGCUCCAUCAUUGGUCUCGAGGAGGAACUGGUGCAGCAGAACAACCUGUUGGAAGAGCAGCAGCUCUCGUGGGAUCAGAGAGAGGUGGAAUUGGAGCGACAGCUGGACAUCUAUGAGAAACAGCAGAACCAAAUCAUCGGAUCUGCUCAGAAGUUUGAAGAAUGCAUGGGUUCUCUGCCAGAUCCAAACCAGCCUCUAGCUCAUCAGCUGGACCAAGCUCUGGGUAAACUAAGGGAGUACGUUCGCACCAUUCUGGAGACUCAAGCCACCUGCAAAACUAUGGAGGAGAAGCUGAAGGAGAAGGAGGCGGAGCUGUGGCAGGCCGAGCAGAACGUCCUGUCGCGGGAUCGAGUCAUCAACGAGCUCCGACUCCGUCUCCCUGCCACCGCCGACAGGGAAAGGCUCCUCGCCGACUUGAGCAAGCAGGAUGACACGAGCAGCCAGCAUGCCGUGAAGAUCGCACAACAGACCAUCAGCAACCUGCAGUGUCUCCUCGACCAGAAAGAGGAGGUCCUCAAGAAGUACCAGAACCUUCUGGCCAGGGCGAGACAGGAACAGGAAGAAGCAGUAAAAAAGCACGAGGAGGAAGUGAGGAACCUGCACCAACAGCUGGACCUUCACAUGGACUUGUCCCUGGACCGCUUCAGACAGACGACUCUGGAGCUGAUGAAGAAACCCAGACUGGACGUCCCGACCACGAAGCAGAUGGAACGGUUGGCUGAAAUGGAGCAGAUGGUGACGGAGCAGGACACGUCUCUGUCAUCGCUAAUGCACAAGCUGAAGGUGCUGAGCGCUGAGCUGGAGAGACAGAGACACGUCACAGCUUUUCAGGCCAAAGAGCAUGCGGCGCAAACGGCCAAACUGGAGGAAAGGCACACGUGUCAGAUAAAGGCCAUGUCUAAGGAAUCGGAGGAUCUGAGAUCCCAGCUGUCCCAGAUGGAGAAAGAGCUGCAGUACCUCAGCACCGAGCUGGAGGCACAAAAAGAGGCCAACGUUCGCUCGCCAAGCAACACCAUGAAGAAUCUGGUUGAGCGCCUGAAGGCCCAGCUGGCCCUCAAAGAGAAGCAGCUGAAGGCCCUCAGUAAAGCCAUGCUCGAGUUUCGGGCGCAGAUGACGUCCCAGGCUGAGCAACAGAUCAUCGCGAACGCGGCCCAGAAAGAGGAGGCACUCAAUGUUCAGCAGAUCGUGGACAAGCAAACCAAAGAGCUCAAGGCUCGUGUAAAGGAGUUGAACGAUGAGCUGCAGAGCUGGAAGGAGAGCGUGAAAGCAGGGAAAACCCGACAGAUCUCUCUGAAGGAGGAGGUAGAGAGCCUGAGCCGCGAGCUACAGAGGAGCCAGAAGAUCCAGAGCAGACUUCAGAGCGAGAGAGACAAUCUGGAAGAACAGCUGGACGAGUUGAAGCAGAAAGUGAAGAGACUCAGCAGCGGCCUGCAGGGUCAUACUGAAGUCCCCUCAGUAGAGGCUUUACACAAUAAGAUCCGCAGACUGGAGUCAGAACUGGACAGGAAGAAUGCGUCAGAGCCAGCGGAGAAAAAAAUGGCGGUGAGGGAUGACAAGUCUAAUAAAGAAGAACUGGUGAGGUGGGAAGAGGGUAAGAAGUGGCAGGCGAGGAUGGAGAAAGUCCGAAGUCUUUUAAAAGACAAGGAGAAAGAGACGGAAUCCCUUUCCAAGCAACUGACCACCCUGAAGGAGCUCUACGGAAGGCUGGAGCAAGAGAAACUGAGCCUGCAGAGGAAGUUGAAGAGUCGAGGCGUGACGGUGGAUCAGGUGGUGGGCACACGGGCCACCCUCGAGGCUGACAAAGAGAUCGAGGAGCUGAGGAAGAGGAACUGUGAGCUGGAGCAACAGAUAGAGAUCAUCAAGCAGCAACAGGCUUUACCUCGGGACGCUGCGAUGGAGGACAUGAACAUCAGGAACCGCUACCUGGAGGAGAGACUUCAUUCUCUGGAAAGCCAGCUGGCAAAAGAGCCCCUAUCCAGGCCAUCGACAUCUGGCCGGGGCUCAGCAGGGACACCGACACAGAGGGAGCAUGAGUUACAGAAAGAGAACCUCAAGCUCUCCAGCGAGAACCUGGAGCUGCGCUUUCAGUUAGAGCAGGCUAACAAAGACCUGCCACGUCUUAAGGCUCAGGUGUCUGACCUCAAAGAAAUGUGUGAUGCUCUGAAAAAGGAGAAAGCAGAGGUGGAAAAGAAGCUGGGUAAUAUCCGUGGGCCAGCGCAGUCUGGACGAAGUGGAAAAACUGUCCCCGAACUGGAGAAGACCAUCACGCUAAUGAAGAAGGUGGUGGAGCGGGUGCAACGAGAGAACGAGACCCUGAAAAAGAGCUCGGCGACGGCGAUCCAAGCGCAGCUCGCCGCUCUACAGCACGAGCACGAGAAACUCAAGGCCGAAUACGACAGGACGAAAGAGCCGAAUCAGCUGACAUCCAAACUCGAGUCGCAGGCUAAAGGAAUGGAGAAAAUUGUGAUGGAGAAUGAGCGGCUGCGCAGGGACAUCAGAAAGGAAUCAGAGGCCAUAGAGAAGCUGCGAGUAGAGAAGAGCAGUCUGGAAGUAAGAAAUGAAAAGCUGAAGCUGGAGCUCGAAGAGACCAACCAGAAGCUCCUACUGGCUCAGUCGAAGGGUCCGUCCAUAGAUGGAGCAGAUAGCAAGACCUGGAAAUCUAAAGUUGUGACGAGGUUGUUUGAAAACAAAAUGAAAGGGCUCGAGAAUGAACUCUCCAAGAAGGACGCAAGUCUCUCAGAGCUCAAAGUGCAACUCGCAGAAUCCCGUGAGAAAGAGCAAACAACGCGGCAAACCGUCGCACAGCUGAAUGAACAAGUAGAGCUCCUGAAAAAUAUUCCCAGUGAUGGGCUCGCUAAGGAGUUUAAGUCUGUUAGUCUAGCAAACCACCAGCUGGAAAAGGAGAAGCUUCGUCUUCUCGAGCGGAUCCAGAAAUAUGAAGAGCAGUUUGGAACCCAUAUGGACGGACCAGGAUACAAAGAACUUCAGGCCCAAAUAAAGUCAUCGAGUGCUGAGAAGAGCCAGCUACAGGACGAAGUCAGUAGGAUGACCAAAGAACUGGCGAACUUUGACCCGACGUUCUUUGAGGAGCUCGAAGAUCUCAAGUUCAAUUACAACGUAGAGGUGAAGAAGAACAUCAUCCUGGAGGAGCAGCUGAAAAAACUGUCCGAGCGCUUCGGAGUGGAAGUGGACAUCCCGACGGAGGGGUCAUUGAGUUAACACGGAGAGAAGAGGGAGUCGUAAAUGAUUCCACGGGCUCUGGUAAACCCAAACCAUCGGUGGUGUUUUUAUAGUUCCAUUAUUUUUUGUGUAUAAAGUAUAUUUAUGAACAGUGUUUUAACAUGAUUGUGAAGAGAAUGUGAUAUUUUUGUGGCUACACUCAUCAUCACUGCCCCAAAAUUGUUCCAUUGUAUCAAAAACAAGAUUUUAUAAAUAAUUCAGUUCCAUGAUUUAUUAUAACCGCAUUCAUGCAUGUCGCGCAUAUACAGUAUAUUACAUAGUCACUUUUAGCUAAAUACAUUAAAUCUACAUCAAUUCUCCCUCUUACAAUUCGAGAGCAACUCAACCCACCAUUUCAGGCUCGUCAUCAGAAUCAUGUAGUAAAACUACCAUGAUUACUGCAAGUGCUACUUUACGGCAUACACAAGCAGAGGUUCCGUACAGAAUUCCACUACUUAGAUUUGUCCUGUCAGUAAAGAUGAGCAUCAUUGUAAAGCGGAGGUGAAACAGUUGAGGAGGAGGAAUGUUGUGUAACUGAUCAGGCUUCGAGCUGGACGUCUCUGAUGGAGCUGAAACGGCAUCCGGUGAGGCCGGCCAGAGCGGCGAACAGGUUCUUCCACGAGUCCGCUGAAGCGUCAGGGUCUGACGGGAAUUGGUCCACGUGAACCACCACAGGCCGGGAGUUUAAGAAUGCAUCGCCAUCGGGCCACUUCAGACCCAAGUGGUGCCGAUGAAUCUGCAAAGACGGGUAAUAUCUCACCUCAUCAGGAGAUCAAAUAUUAGAUCAUAUGAUGUGUAGGUACUGAAAUAAUAGAUUUUUGUAUAACUGAAAAUUGUACAAAAAAAAUGAAAUGUUAACAUGAGUGACAACGGAGUUGACUGUAGAAAUACUCACAGUAAUGAUAUAUUGUCAGAAUAAAACUCUCUGCGACAUGCAGUUAGAGGACAAUAAUCAACCACAGGAUGGUGUGAUGAAGCUCAGUUACUGUUAGCACCCUGAAGUUGAGUCUUUUCCUAAUAGCAGCAUGCUUUAUAUCAAUGAUUACGCACAGGUUUAUGCGCGGUGUCCACCGUGAACGAAUGAGUCGUUACUAUAGAAACGAGAGACUGAGGCGGAGAGGUCGAGGACGUUACCUUGACGAGAGCACCGUCGUUACAGUGCCACACUAUUCCCUCCACACGGCCCUCGUCGUUCUCCUGAAACCACGAGCGAAGCUGAUGGUACUCCACCGCAGGAGCGUUGCGGAUGCGCAGGAUUCCAUGCGGCACCAGAACGUGGAGCGGAUUCUUCUUACUGCCCAAACCUGAGAUUUAAACCGGUGCUUAUUAUAAGAGUUACAACUUCUUACAAAACCUUUUUUCCUUCAUAUUUAUUUUAAUUUAUCUUCCAUCCAGACGCACUUGUUAGGGUAUGACGAUCUGUCCAAAAUAUCAUAACGACACAUGACCUGCAUCAGAGGGGGGGG